GUUUAACGAUAAGAAUAGCCUGGUUUGGAAUAGAACGUCAAGUUUCAGUGGUGGAACACAGAAUUGCAUUAAUUGAUAUAGGAUCUUUGGCGAAAGACUGGCAGAUGUAGCAGUAAUAACAGUGGGCAUUUUGCAGAAAGUGAAAACCUUAAAAGGGAGAAGAGGCCGGAAAUGGGGCGGGCCGGGAUAUUACUAUGCGAACGUUAGCUAGUGCCUCUGCAUGGUUACUGUUUCUGGGGGAGCUCGAAUUUGCUUUGGUUGUCUGAUCCUAGAUCACUAGGCGCUGGGUUAAUGAAUCAAUUUAAGGGAACUGUUGCCUAAGUCAAAGAUCGGAGCUGUUCUGUUAAGCAACGUUAAAGAACUGGCAAGUAACGUUCACCUGAUUAUUUAAGAUUAUAGCCUAAAUUCCGACAGCCACGAAAAUGUGUGCACUCCCACUGAGACGUGUAGCAGUUCUUAUUUUAUUUUCAGUGACUUUAACAGUAACUUUAGGUUUCGGUCUCCCUGCUUUAUUAAAUUAUUUCGCCAUGUUAUGUGGGCUUCCCGAAGCUAACGUGGCGGAAUGCAUCGUGGGGGUGUAUUUAUUUUUCGUUCUUUACGUCGCGAUGCCACCAAUUCCCAGGGGAUCUGUGAAGACUGAGGGAAAGGCUGUGUUCAUUACUGGCUGUGACACCGGAUUUGGAUUUGCCCUGGCACAAUACCUCCAUAAGCUGGGCUUUACUGUCUUUGCCGGAUGCCUUCUGAAGGACAAGGGUGGAGAUGGGGCCAAGGAGCUGGAGGAGCUGCACUCAGACAGGAUGAAGGUGGUGCAGCUGGACGUUUGCAGUGAGGACCAGGUCGCCGAGGCAGCAGAGUUCGUCAGAGGCAACUUGGAGGACCCUGAGAGAGGUCUGUGGGCUGUGGUGAACAACGCAGGAGUUUCCACUUUUGGAGACGUGGAGUUCACCAGCAUGGAAACCUACAAGCAGAUUUCAGAGGUGAAUCUCUGGGGCACCAUCAGGGUUACCAAGGCUCUGCUGCCCCUCAUUCGCAAGGCCAAAGGUCGAGUGGUGAACCUGGCGAGCAUGUACGGCCGAAUGGGAAACGCCAUGCGCUCCCCGUACUGCGUGUCCAAAUACGGCGUGGAGGCCUUCUCCGACUGCCUCCGGUACGAGAUGAAGCCGUGGCAGGUGAAAGUCGUCGUGGUCGAGCCGGGAAACUUCGUCGCCGCCACGGGGAUCCUGAACCGCGACGUCGUGGCGGCCACGGCUGAGAAGCUGUGGAGCGAGGCGCCUCCUGGCGUCCAGGAGGAUUAUGGGAAAGCCAAAUUCGAGCAGCGCGUGGCCACAGUGCGCUCCUACUGCAACUGUGGCCCGAAGGACAUGACGCCCGUCAUUCAUGCCAUCGCGGACGCCGUCCGGUCCAGUCGUCCCUUCACCCGCUACAACCCCAUGGAGGUGCACUGGUGGAUAAGGAUGCUGGUUAUGACCCACCUGCCAGCCGCCAUCUCUGAUUGGCUGUACUUCUGAAGGACGCUCCUGUUCAAAUAUGUAGUUACUGUAGAGUUGGAGUCCGUUCCAUUUCAAUGCAGUCAAUUCAGGAAAUGCACUGAAAUGUGAUUAACUCAUUGAAAAGUACUCAUCGAACAAUGUAGCCAGUUUUCAAUUCAUAACUUGUAUUUCAGUUCUUCCUGAAUUAGCUGAAUUUAAAUGGCAGGAACACCAACCCCAAACACUAAUCAGGGUGAUGAUCAGGGUCAACUAAAUGAGUUAAAGGGGUGCCGUCCAUUUGCAACAAAUUCUGUUUCAAAUAUAAAUAAAAUGAGAUAAGGAUCGCACUUCCAUAAAAUAUAAAGUAUCUUUUAUUUGCACAAACUUUUCAGGCAAAACGCCCUUCUUCAGCAUGUAAAAAGUACCAAACUGAAUUGCAGGUCAAAUAUCGUUCCCUUGGCUCAACUGGUUUGAUGACGUGCCGAUGAUAUGUACAUAAUAGGGCCAAUCACAUCCAAGAAAUCAGCAACAAACAAAACUCAAAUAAAACAAGCCAAUGACAACUCCUCAUUAAGGCCUUUUGGCAUUGAUGUAUCCAAAUAAUGGAUCCAAAAGGCUUCUCUCUGAGAAAAUUUUUUUCUGGAUUGCCACCCCAAUAUGGCAUCCUAAUAGCCUCAAUGCCCUAUGUAUUUAAGUUCACUCAGAUUAUGUUUGUAAUUGUUAAACUGUCUUGCCACUGAUGAUUGCUCAUCAUUUUUACAUAUGGAACAUUUGUGUUCACAAAUUCUUGUUUAAGCUCGCGUUUGGUUUUGCGUACAUAAAGCAAAUUACAUGGCCAUUUAAGCAAAUAAACCACAUAUUGGGUAUUGCUUGUGAUUUUGCCCUUUUAGGCUAGACGGCUCUCUGAUUUGGGCUUUAAUAAAUCCACUCUUUGAAUCUGACAUUUUAUUAAGAGUCUUUUCCACUAGUGUUGCAUUGUAACCUCUGUGUAACAUUUUUCUCAAAGACCUUUGGCCUGAAUUUCAAACACCUCAUCCGAAUCACAUUUAUGUCUAAACCUAAAAAAAUUGGCUGGAAUGAACUAUUCUUCUCAAAUUUCAAUUAUUAUAUCACUGAAAAUGUUUGCUGUUUGUAUUCCUGGUUUAUUCACUUUCUUUGUUGUAAUCAGUGGUAAAUGGACUCUUGUUUUUUCAAAAACUUUUCACCAGCUCAAUUUGCGAUGCAUAGAUGUUGUUUUCGGUUGGCAUGGUUAUUGUAAAGCACGGCAAUACUAUGCUUUUUUCCCUCUGUGCCUCUAUCAGGGUCUUUUGAAGGACCAAAAUAGUUGGCGCAUUUGCGCUUUUAAUUCUGUUUGAUGCCAUUGAGAUUAAAAGAGAAAGUAAAUGGUUUCUAUCACUUUUCAAUGAUGAAAACAGGCUUUGCUGUCAUUUUAACAUGCUGUGAAAAGUAUUUGGUUGGCGCUGUUUUUAAAUGGGCACUCUGCAUUUGCUUAUUAAAGGCAACUGAGAGAUUGUGUGCACAUAAAAGGCUGGAUGUACUCAGGCGAAUGUUGACUAAUAAAGAGUUUAUAUUUUUGUAGAAAUAUAAAACUUGUUUAUCUGAAAAGCCUGCUUAAAAUGGAUUAUAAUGACUCAGUUUUAUUUGGACUGUGGCCAAGGAUGGCCCAUCAUAGACUAUUCAGAAAUUAUUUUUUCAGUCAUUUGUGAAAAAUAAAUCUUAAUUUGCAGUUUGUUUUAAUAUUACAUUUGUAAACAUUUUAAACCUAUAGUCUCUCUACUAAUGUUUUGUGCAUGUGCUUGACUACUGUACUAUGCAUCAAAAGAUGAUAUGAAAAGUUUUUCAUGUGUUUCUUAAAACUGCCACCAGAGGACAGUAUUCAACAAAUGUAUGCUUCAUGUACUUUGUAACCAUUCUUCUCAAUGUAUUUUUUAAUUCAAGGAUUUGUGUCUGACCUUCACACUAUAAAUUAAUGCAUUUCAGCAGUGGUUGA